AUGAAACCUCACACUAUAGCAGAAAAACUUAUUUUAUAUGUUUGCUGUGAAAUCGUAAAAGUAAUUUUUGGUGAAGAAGCUGAAAAAGAAGUAUUAAAAAUUCAUGUAUCUGACAACACCAUUAGUAGGCGUAUAGAACACAUGUCUGAAGAUAUUGAAGAACAAGGACUGCAACAAUCUCGUGACUCUCCAUUAUUUGCAUUACAACUAGACGAGUCAACUGACAUAAGUGGGCAAACACAACUUUUGGUUUUUAUACGCAUAGUUGCCAACGAAGAUAUCGUGGAAAACUUUUUGUGUUGUAAAAUACUUCCUGAGACAACCAAAAGCGAAAACAUUUUCGAAAUCGUGGACCAUUAUCUGAAAUUUGCCAAUUUACCACGGGAUAAAUGCAUUGGAGUAUGUACCGACAGAGCUCCCGCGAUGACUGGCUCAGUCAAAGGCUUUAUUUCUUUUCCAAUUUAUUUAUUAUCUUUACCCAUUGUUUUCUACAUAGAGAAGCCUUUAUGA